ACAUAUUUGAGUGUUACACCAUGCGGAACUGGCUUUUCUGCGUGGUUCCGGUGCAUUGGAUAGAGGAAAGUUUGCACAUUGGCGUUUGUGCACGCACAUGACACGACUUUUUAAACAACAUUUUCGCUUUUGACGUAUUUAUGGGAUAGUUUUGCACGACGGAAUCAGUUUUACAAGCGUGUCCUAGAAAAAUACGCAUGACGCAAAGACGACCGUCGCCGCGUGGAUGAGAAUUUCUCACCAAAUCUGUGAGUAAGAAGCGUUCAAAUGAAAGUGGUCGUAAUGUCUGAGAUAAAAGCGAAGAAAAAGAAGCAGGUAUCCUCCGAAGUUGGAAAAGACAAUUCUGUGAAAAAGAAAAGGAAAUACAGGAUACGAAUGAAGUUGAAAAAAAAGGCCUGCGUCCAAGACUUGGCCUCAAGUCAGCCCACAAUUCCUCCAAAAGAUCCCAAACACUUUUCUGCCAACUGGAAAGCAUUACAAGAGAUGCUAAAGUCCAGCGAGACGACGACAGUUGCUCCAAAGGUUUCGCAGCAACAACCUAAUGGCCCUCUGCAAGUAAAGAAAGACAAACCAUCCAAAAAUGCACAUCAGAACAAUACCUCCAAUGCAAAGACUUUUUCAGCACCAAAAGCCAAACACAAAAAGGCUAAAAGUCCCGUUGUGUCGGACUCACAACAGACAACCAAAAGAAAAAAAAAGCCGGAAGCAAGCGCCCAGCAAGCGGCCAAGAAGCAGAAAGUCGAGCUAAAGGAGUCCAAACCUACAGAGGAGGACAUUUGGUUUGACGACGUGGAUCCCGAUGACAUUGAGGCAACGGUGGGGGCCGAGGCGGCUGACAUCAUGAGGAAGAAGCAGGGCAUUUACAAAAGUGAGCCAGAGAGCACACUGGUCAAGGAGAAAGCCUUUGAGGGUCUCACCAGAGCUGUCGCCAUCGACUGCGAGAUGGUGGGCGUGGGUCCCGACGGGGAGGACAGCAUCUUGGCACGCGUGUCCCUCGUCAACCACUUUGGGAAGUGCGUCUAUGACAAGUUCGUGAAGCCCAGCGAGAAGGUGACAGACUACCGCACGGCCGUCAGCGGCAUCCGACCGGAGGACAUCAAGAACGGUGAGAAUGUAACGACUGUGCGGAAGGAAGUUGCUGAAAUCCUACAGGGAAGAAUAGUGGUUGGCCACGCUAUACACAAUGACUUCAAGAUUUUGCUACUGGAUCACCCCAAAAAAAAAAUCAGAGACACUCAGAAGUAUAAACCCUUCAAGAAAAUCGCCAAGACAAAUCGACCUGCGCUUAGAGUGCUUUGUAAAGAAAUUCUCAACGUCAAGAUCCAACAAGGCGAACAUUCCUCGGUCCAUGACGCGCAGGCUACCAUGAGGCUGUACACGCUUGUCAAAAAAGACUGGGAGGCCCAGAUCAAAAACAAAACAGAGGAGAAACCAGACAAGCGAAAGCCCAAAACCCCCAAGAAUGCAAACAAGCGUCCUGUAACAGCACGUUUGUCCUUUUAAUGUGAGACGCUCACUUGUUAUUUCAGAAAAAUCUCAAUUUUG